CCAUCGCCCAUCUCAUCAAAUUCCAACUUUAUGGACAACCUAAACCCUUCCAAGCUCGGCACAAAGCAGCACUGGGACGACGUAUACGAAACCGAGCUCACAAACUUUCGCGACAAUGGCGAUGAAGGCGAGAUCUGGUUUGGGGUCCAGGCCGUCGAUAAGAUGGUCAAAUGGGCGCUCGACAAUGCCCCGCCUUCGCCCAAAACACUAGAAGUCGGCUCUGGUAACGGCACACUGCUCUUCGCACUGGCCGAAGCCGGCUACGAUCCUCAUUCUCUCUUUGGGAUCGAUUACAGCCCAGGGGCUGUCCAGCUUGCCCGCGCCAUCGCCACAGAGAGCAACUACCAAGACAUCACAUUUUCCGAAUGCGAUUUUCUCUCGCAAGACCCGCCACAAACUGAGUGGGACUUGAUCCUCGACAAGGGGACCUUCGACGCCAUCGCUCUGGCGGAAAAAGACGCGGAUGGUGGCUCUCCAGUGGCGAAAUACCCUCCCCGUGUUGCCCGACUGCUCAAGCCAGGUGCUAUGUUCCUUAUCACUUCCUGUAAUUUCACCGAAGACGAGCUCAAGACCGCCUUCCAAGCCGCCGGUCUCGUAUAUCAUUCACGAAUUCAGCAUCGCACAAUAACUUUUGGCGGUAAAUCAGGCAGUCAAUGUUCCAGUGUCGCAUUCAGUAAAUCUUUCAGCGACGCUUCGCUGGACAAGUCAAGCCAUGUAUCAUAG